AUGGAGAAGGUUGUGUUGUUGUUUCUUUACAUGUUGGUGGUAGUGGUGCCUUCGGCUUUUGCUGAUUCAAAUCAGAAGCUUGAGGUUCAGAAGCAAUUGAAGAAAUUGAAUAGGCCUCCCGUAAGGUCCAUCAAGAGUCCUGAUGGAGAUAUUAUUGACUGCGUCCAUGUCUCUCACCAGCUAGCUUUGGAUCACCCUAACCUCAAAAAUCACAAGAUUCAGAUGAAACCAAAUUUCCAUCCUGAAGGACACCCUUUUGGGGAGAGCAAAGUCUCUUCAAAUUCGAAGCCUAUUACUCAGCUGUGGCAUCAAAAUGGAAGGUGCCCUCAAGGAACAAUUCCUGUGAGAAGGACAUCAAAGAAUGACAUACUACGGGCAAGCUCUAUUCAACAAUUUGGAAAGAAGAAGGAAAGGAGCUUCCCUCAGCCAAAACCAGCAAAACCUCUUCCAGACAGUGGCCACGAGCAUGCCAUAGCUUAUGUGGAGGGGGAUAAGUAUUAUGGAGCCAAGGCAACCAUAAACGUUUGGAAACCAAAAGUGCAACAAUCCCAUGAAUUUAGCCUGUCUCAAAUGUGGAUUCUGGCUGGCUCUUUUGAUAAAGAUCUCAACAGCAUUGAAGCAGGUUGGCAGGUCAGCCGUGAAUUGUAUGGAGACAACAACACUAGACUCUUCACUUAUUGGACAAGAGAUGCAUAUAAAGCUACUGGUUGUUAUAAUCUCCGUUGCUCUGGCUUUAUUCAAAUUAACAGAGAUAUAGCUCUAGGAGCAAGCAUCUCCCCUCUUUCCAAGUAUAACUCUUCCCAAUAUUAUAUCAGCAUCCUGGUCUGGAAGGACCCCAAAGAUGGUAACUGGUGGAUGAAGUAUGGAAGUGAUCAUGUUAUGGGAUACUGGCCAGCUUCUCUAUUCUCGCACCUUUCUGACAGUGCCUCAAUGAUUGAGUGGGGGGGAGAGGUUGUGAACUCUGAAUCUGAUGGCCAACACACCACAACUCAAAUGGGAAGUGGCCAUUUCCCUGAGGAAGGUUUUGGCAAGGCUAGUUACUUCAAGAACAUUCAGAUUGUUGAUGGUAACAACAAGCUUAUAGAUCCACAAGACCUUGGCACUCACAGUGACAAAGAUAGCUGCUACAAUGUUCAUACGAGAAGUGCUAGAGAUUGGGGUAACUACUUCUAUUAUGGUGGUCCUGGUAGAAACCCCAAUUGCCCUUGAUAAUUCAUGUUAAACAAAGAA